AAUGAAUCUGCAAGUUCGGAGUUCAACGGCCAAUUCCAUCAAUCUGAGCUGGAACUCAUUUCUUCCGAUGGUUGGAUCAUCCACACAAGGCCAUUAUGUGGUCUAUUAUACGACAACAUUCUCAAAUCAUAUCCAGAGUUGGCCGGGCCAAAUAGAGGCUGGAAACAAGACACAGACAUCCAUCAGAAAUUUGAAAGAGAGCACAGACUAUUAUUUCCGGGUGAGCUAUCACAUUCCAGGGCGUGGUGUAAGAUUCGAAGGGCAUCUUUCGGAAGUAGCAUUACAUCGGACAGGAACACCUGCUCCUCUUGGUGGCUGUGAACAUGACAACAGACACUAUGAUGAAGGUAUGACCAUCCAUCAAUCCUGUGACUCGGUCUGUGAUUGUCUUCUGGGUUCAUGGAUCUGCAGACCAAGGGGUUGUCCUCCUGCACCCGAUGUACGUAUCAGCCCUGUUAACUGCAGAGAGGAACCCCACCCAGACGACCCAGAGUGUUGCACCAUGAUCAAGUGUGAUGAGGGUUCAAACGACUCCAUACAACCAGCUGACUGCAUUGAUGGUGGUGUGCUCCGAGUCCAUGGGGAGACCUACUACCGUGGCUGUGACGAAGUGUGCUUCUGUGACAAUGGGGUAUCAGACUGCACCCGUAGGUGCCCUGACCCAGGCCAGAUGAUUCCAGACCUCCAGACAUGCCCACACCCUACACUCCUGGAACCACCAGAGGGAGAAUGCUGCCCCCAUUGGUCAUGUCCACCUCCUCCAAACUCAUGUGAACUGAACGGCAACACCUAUGAAGAUGGCGAGUUUUUUGACGUCGAUUGCAGCAUGCGAUGUCAAUGUCUUAGCGGUAGUGUUCGAUGUGUCCCUCGAUGUCCGGUCAGCUUUGCUGUUUCCACAUUGAACUGUCCGAAUCCAAAGAUGGUUCAGCUACCAGGGGAGUGCUGUCUGCAGUGGGAAUGUGAACAGCCAGCGGCUCCUGGAUGCCUGUACCAUGGUGCCUCAGGGAACAUCAGCAUGGUCGAUGGUGACUGGAUAAAUGAAGACUGUGACAGCCGUUGCCUCUGUGACCGAGGUACCCUGAUGUGUAUGCCAAUGUGUGCUGAACCAUCACCACCAUCACCAACUCCACUUUGUCCUCAUCCUGUAGUUACCAAGCUGAGAGAAACAGACUGCUGUCGGGUGAUUGCUUGUCAUGACCCAAAAGGAGAGAGUCCUAAUGUGGUCCAGGAUGUCUCAGUUCUGGCCUUCAACAUGACAGCCAUUACAGUUGGGUUCACACCACCUGCCAACACUGACCUGAGGGCAAUGACUGAUGGAUACAUCAUCUACUACACCAAUAGAUCAGAAAAUGUCACGCUUGAUGAUUGGACAGCACUGAGAAAGGAUUUUCCCCUCGGUGUUGAGAUUCGUGGCCACAUCAUGAUGGAGAUAAAUAACCUGUUGCAAGAGACAACAUAUUACCUAAAGAUCAGAGUUAGUAUACCGGAUAAUAUGGACUCCCAGCCGGCCCCACGAUGGCCCAACACUCUACCAAGUACUGAUAUCUUCCUUGUCACUACAUCUGAAAAUGCACCUCAACCAUGUACUUAUAAGGGUAUUGUUUACCAACAUGGUGAGCAUUUUAACGAUGGAUGUGAGUCUGCCUGUGAGUGCCGAGCUGGAAGAACUAUCUGCCGUGAACUCUGCCCCAAGACAGAAGUAAUUGCAUCUGAACUAUGCCCAAACCCUAGACAGGUUAUCAUCAAGGGUGAAUGCUGUCCAGAGUGGCAAUGUUUUCCAAAUGAUGGUGAUUGCAGCCAUAGCAACAAGAUCUAUCAGAAUGGAAUGGAAUGGAGGGAAGGAUGCGACCUCAGAUGUCGCUGUCAUGAUGGGACAGUUUCGUGUCGCAACGUGUGUAACAGCACAACAACCAUGCCCAAACAGCUUGAGUGUCCAUACCCUGUACAGGUCCGUGUAGCAGAUACCUGUUGCCUGGAAUGGGUGUGCUAUGAUUUUCCUCCAAGCAACAACUUAGCCAGCAAGCCUCUCCCUCUGCCACUUUCGUUUUUCCUAAUCAACAUUUCUGUAACCAACACAUCAGCUAGAAGUGCGACUAUUAGGUGGCCUGGACUGACAGAUCUGCAGAGACAGUAUAUCGGACAGUUCCGACUCAAGUACAGAGAGCUUACCUAUGGUGGCAAACCAUGGAACAGUACAGUGUCUUUCAGGCCUGAGCUGCGAAAGUAUACCAUCUUAGACUUACGUCCAGCUAGGAGCUAUGUUGUACAGCUUGUUGUUUUGGUUGGCUCAUCAAGUGCUCAGGUCGGCAUCCAUCUACAGACGAGUAAAAUUGAAGUCGAUACACUCUGGCUACCAUCCAUCCCAUACCCAGGAGAUGCAUUUGACAUUGAGAUCUAUGAAGUCACAAUGACCACAGCAUCCAUUAGGUGGUCGGCAUUACCAAGGGAAAUCAUUUCUCACAUAGUUGGCUGGCGACUCAUGGUUGUAUCAAAGGACGAAAGCCGAGUAUUGGAAUCUGAGAUAGUAGAACGUUCAGCUCUGUCAUACAUAAUUCGCAACUUGACAGAGGGCGAAACAUAUCACAUACAGCUCCUUGGUCUUUGGGACAAUGACACUGUCACUCGAGAAGUACGAUCCAAGACUGUAUCAAUUACCACCCACAAACUGUUUAAUACUCAGCAUAAACGAGGACUAUCAUCGCCCAUGUCAGCGAUUAUCGGUACGAUCAUCGCCCUCUGUGUCUUCCUGGUGGUCGUUAUUGCUUUCAUCUAUAUGAGGAUUAAGAAGAGACAUUCAGAGAGGUAUGAUGUGUAUGGCAGAAAUGCAACGAUUAACUUCAGACCAUCCAACUAUGAACACGUCUAUGAAGGGACACACGAAAAUGAUGAACAGCACAGCGAAAGACGGUUCAGCGAUGCAGGUCUGUUAGAAAGUGGUAGAAGAGACAGUGAAGCUGAACUAUUGGACAUUUGAAUGGAUCUUCACCACAGGGGGCGUUUCAUAAAGCUGUUCCUAAUACGUUAAGCAUGACUAUGUUGACCUGUGUGCCAUUGCAUAACAAUUACUAUAAUGGUAAUUAUGAGGGUGAUGGUGCUCAUUAUAUAGCCAAUUAAAAUUAAAGAUGCCUUGGAAGUAACCAUAUUAGUAACUUGUAUAUAAUGUGGCCCUCUUCUUAUGAUACAUGAACUUCUUAAAAUGUGUCCUGUCUAAUGAAAUGUGAGUGAUUUUCCUAAUCAAAUAUUGACUGAUGAUAAACUUUGCAUUGAAACUGUGCUUGUUUACAAGAAUUUGAAGAGAUGAAGACCGAAUUUCAUGCUAUUUCAUGGGAAUCAAAUAAAUUGAGAAUCUGAUUUGAUAGCCCAAAAUGUCACCAGUCAUGGGUCUCUUAUGAACAGCUUUAUGAAAUACCACCCUUGAAAAUAAAUGUCUGUUUGGGAUGAUAUGAUUGCCAAAUAACAAUUCAGAAGGACAUAAUAGAAUUCACAUAUUAUAAAUAUCUUUGUUUAUUUAUUUAUUUCCAACACUGCUUAACUGCAGCAGAUUGAUUCAUUUCUAUUUUUAAGGCAAUUUCUAAAGUAAAACAAGUGUAAUUGAUUAAUGAAAAAAAGCAAAGAAAAUUCAUUGAUAGCGAUGACCAACAUGAAAUGUAUAUAUGCAACGUUUUAUUCAUAUCAAAGGCUUUGGAUUUUUGCAUACCUUGGGUUAUCAUUUUGGCAAAGGAUGCCCCCUGGCUACUGUCAGAUGGAGUGCAAUAAAGGCUUGUUUAAAAAGAAAAACACUUAAAAACAGACCCUCCAAAGUAGAAACUACUGGCAAAGAAACUUGGGAUGGGAUGUGAUUGAAAUACUUUCUACAAUGUUAGGUAUUCAAGGGGGGUGCUGUCUGAAGGGAGUGCCAAUCUGCCCUUGCCCGUGUAAUGUUUUUCCUAGAUGUCUUGCUAAUAUGAAUUGAAAUAAUCAUUGACUUUUGUCCUGGAGCCAUGUAAAAAUCUUUAGUAUACAGUGCGUAUCAAAAAAAAGUUUACACUUAGAAAAAAUCCUGUAAAAUUAUACAUUUGUAUUAUCCUGAAGAUUUUUCCACAUUUUAACAUUGGUACAGAUCCAUUUAAGCAAAUAACGAAAAAUAUUUCCACUUGAGUGAGCAACACUUACUUCUGAUAAGUUAGUGAAAAAUGAUUUGCGCAGAACUUUGAAAUAGUUAUUCGAAUAAAAGUAGACCUUAAUCAUGAAGAACAUGUGGGAUUUAGCUAGUGCAAUUGAUUUGAAGAUAUCCUUUACCUUUUUUAACUUGUUUCCUUGCCCAAAACACUUCGCAGAGUGCAUUGUGCCCCACCCUACUCCCCCACACACCGAGGCCAUCGUGACGAUAUUUGCUUUACACUGAGCUGUGAUUUACAUGAAAUGACUUAGGCUUGAUUUUCAUUUUGUUAAUCAUUGUCAAGCUUGGAAGAAGUGUGGAGAAACAAGUAAUAAAUGAAAAAUGUAAACCCACUUUAAAUGAUAAAAACUUAGUGACAAAAUGCAGGAGAUGUCUGAUAUAAACUUUUGUUCAGAUUCAGUUGUCCUCAGAUCCAGCUGGCACAAAAAGGGUACGUGCUUACUAUGUGUUGAAAUUUCAAUUCGGGUGGCAAAAUUGUUUAAAAAGUGCUUGAAUGUAUCUUUUUAUUUUAAUUGACUAAAAGUGCAAGGGAAAAGUAUGAGAAAUGUUUUGCAGGGUAAGUUUGAUUUCGCCCUUUUCUCUUGACACAGCGUGAAAACAAGCAUUUCUUCGCAAACAGAUUUCUGCGAGCUUUACAAACAUGGACACUGCUCACUCAAGUGUAACAUUCUGUCAAAACUUCUUCUUUCAUUGGAUAGAUGAGACCCAAACCCAAGAUUAUAUGUGAAAAAAUUACCCACAUGUUGUAUAUUUUGUAAUUCCCAGGGCUUUUUUCAAAGUGUAAACUUUUUUUUGAUACGCACUGUAUAUCAGUACUAACUAAGUUCUGACUGAAUUGACUUAUGAAAAAUUUGAUGAAAGAAAUACCAUCUCUUGUAUGAAUAUUUCAACCAAUAAAAAUUAAGUUGAAACACACUUUGUAUAUUCUAUACUUUAAAAAUAUUCAAAGUUAUUUUCUUGCCCUUAUUUAAUAGAAUUUCUCAAGCCACUUUAUUAGAUUAUAUUAUUUUCAACAUCCCAGAAGGGAUAAAUCUGAGAACUGUUUUAUCAAUUCUUAGUUUUUAUUUCUGGAUGAUUUUAUAUUGAGAACAUCUCUAAGAAUAUAUUUAGCCGGUCUAAAUUAUAAUUAAUAUUUUGUGAUAUGCACCUCAGAGAAUGAUGGUGAUGUCAAUGUAUUAAAAAACUUGUUUAGAGUUUGUUUGUUUUUAUUAUUGUUUACAUGACAAAUUAUGUCUUCAAAUCGAAAUAUACUUGCAUUAGACUGCACUGGCCUUGCCUUUGCCUAUGGCUGUUUUUAACUAUUUAAUGUUUAACAUUUAAAAAUUUUGAUAUUGAUUUUUUCCUUCUACCAUGCAGCUAUUCAAUAGCAUAGACUAUAUUCCUUAUUUAUUAUUAAAGGCAGAUAAUGAGAGAAAAAAGAGAAAUGUUAUAGAGAAAAGGUUACUAAGCUAAUAUUAAUAUAUAGUACAUGGCUGAUUGGAAAUCUUCCAUGAAACAAGAUACUUUGAUCAUCUAUAUUGCUUUUAAAAUAUAACUUUAGCGUAACUUCUUCUCACUGCUCACAGCUGUCGAUUCAGUCCUUACAAAUUAAUGUAUUCCUGCAGAUAAAAUUGAUAAAAAAAUAUGUAAUGAGAAAGAAGAUAAUAGUAGUUUGCAAAGAGUUUCAAUGAUUUUUGUUUGGUACAUUUCAUUAUGCAUGAACGUUGAAUAUUUGUUUUAGUAAUUCAUCCCUCAAUCCUUAAAGAAACAUACAUUGUUUAUCGAUUAAAAAAAUAGUCACCUUGUUCUGGCCGCAAUCUAUUAAGACCAAAUUAUUUAAACCUAUAACCUUUUUCUUAAGCCCCAAUUCGUAUUUACUUUUCAAAAAUAUAUUUCGAUAUUCUUUCAAUAUCACUAAACCCACUAUCUGAACAAAACAUAAUAUGUUUCUACUUUUUUUUCUUUGGGGGGGGGGGGUGCGUUAUUAAAAUAGAAUUUUUUUUUUCUGUUUUAGAGUACUUUUGAUUUGAAAGAUUAUUGAGAGUUUGACUUAAAAAGUUACUAAUAAAAAGAACUUGCCUUGAUUAUGAUAUGAAUUGGCUUACUUUGAUUUUACAUUGUUUAUUUAUAUCCUUUGUGACAAAACAAUCCUUGUUUAUAAUUUAUUAUUUCUCAAAUUUGAUAGUAUUAUUGAAUGUUGAAUUAUUUCAUUUUGAAAAGAUGUAAUGAAAGUCUACGAUACUGUUCAUGCUACUCAUGCUUGAAAAUCAUGUUAUUUAGAUAUUACAUGUUUCAUGAUAUGAAGUUAAUGCAAUAUUGAAUGCUAAUAGAAGAUAUUUUUAGAUACUGUAUGUUCAAAUGCAAACUUUGUAAUAUACACUCCACUCUGUAAAUUGUUCUGCUUUGAUUGUAAAUUCAUCCCAAGCCAUAAACUUAAUAGAUUAUGGUCUAUUAA